GGCGGGGAUGUGUUCACUGUUCGCCAUGUCGUGGCGCAGGGCCCAUUGCUUGAACUGGCCCUAUGAGCCUCUCUUGAUUGGCAGUCCAGUCUUCUCCCUCUGUUUUCCUCUGCGUAGCAUUCAAUUUUCCGCCAUCUGAAUGAGCUGAUUACCAGUAGUUUUCGCGUUUUCCACUCCCUUGCUCUACUUCUCGGCAGCUUUGUAGUGAUAACUUUCCGACGGCCCCGCACUCGGUAAACGGAUAGUUUCCGCUGAUAGCUCGUUCGAGUUGAUUUGUACACUCCUCUGAUACUUCUAGCCCUUCCACUCACAGUAUGUUCAAGAUUUCUCUCUCUCGAAACUCUACCGAUAUACUCGUCGAGAAAGCGACGAAAGCGGAGCUCCUAUCUCCUGAUUGGUCCACCACCCUCCAGCUUUCCACAUUACUCGAAAACGGCACGAUUCAUGGAAGCGACGUCAUGCGAUCGCUGCGACGUCGCCUUGCGACGCGCGACCCGCACGUGCAUCUCCUAUCGCUCGCCGUCGCGGAGUACGUCGUCGCGAGCGAGUCGCAUGUCCUUAAAGACGUGGCGCGCGAAGGCGUGCUGGAUAAGAUGGAGCGCAUGGCGAUGAAAAAGAAGACGCCGGAGCGCGUGAGGGAGAACGUGGUGCGGCUCGUCGCGGCGUGGUCGACGAUGGAGGAAACGCGAUACCUGCACGAUUUUGAUGAAGCUCUUAGGAAAUUCAGGGAGCAAGGCAUCAGAAUCCCUUCCUCCCCCUCCCAUCCACUUCUACUGCCACGCACCUCCUCUCAGCUCCAACCCAACCCAUGUCACCAUCCUAGUCUAAGCCUCUCAGACGACCCAAUCUCAUCUGCCAAUCAACCACCAACCUUCCCUGCAACCUCAAGGCACCUCCAAACCACCGACCCACGUCCGGACGUCAUCGCGAUGCCUGCGGACUUUCUCGCCGGACCUCGCGACCAGGCUCGGCAGCGCAUCCCACGGGUGCUGAUCGUCUCGCAAGGACAGGAACAAGAAGGAGAAAUCGGCUUUCCUGGUCUGGCUGAUGGUGAGUUUCCGUGGUCUGAGGUGGAAUUAAGCCAUGCGAAAGAGGAUUUUGCAAGGGCAAGGGAUGCAGCUGGGGUUUUGGUGAGUGUGCUGGAAUCGUGUGAAGCAGGCACUGUGACUGAAAAGGAGGAGGUUCUAAAGGGGGAGCUGGUUAUGUCUGUUUUCGCUGAGUGCCGGGCGGCGAAGAUACGAGUGCAGCAGCGGCUGCAGCAGGUGGGGGUGGCAAGUGAAGAUCCGAUUUUAUUUGAUGGGCUUGCCGCACUUGAUGAGCUGGAAAAGGCUCUUGCCAGGCUGGCAGUUAUAAGGGAGGAGGUGAAGCGGGCAAAGAAGAAAGGCAAGGCAGAGAGGAAGGAGAGAAGGGCGAGGAGGGAGAAGAGGCAGGAGUUGCGAAAUGCAGGGGCAGGGGGGUUAAAUGGGCUUGGGGAUGGUUCUGGAAGGUCGGGGGGAGUAAGAUUGGAUAAGGAGGUUGUUGGGGUUUCUGAGGCGAAUCGGAAGGCAGAGGAGAGGGGGGGGAUUGAAGAGGUUGUAGAGGAGGCAGGGAGUGAGGAGAAUGACACUAGUGAGAGCACCGACAGUAACGACGAUUGCGAGCAGCCGAAGGGUUCUGGGUUUGGGGAACAGCAGCAAGAGGGGCUGAGGCAGGGAGGUCACUUUUCAGUUGAUGAUGGGAGCGUGGAGAGUGAUGAGGAAGGGGUGCCGCUGGAGCGGAGGGGGGAUCACAGGGCGCAGAAAAGGGAUGGUGGGGAAGAGGAGGAGAUAAUUGAGAGAAAUGCGGAAGAGAGAACUGGAUUGGAAGAGGGGGGGAGUAUUGAGGGGGGGAAAGAGGGGAUGAGGAAAGAAGGGGGUGGAGGGGAAGACAGGGCAAGCGUUGGUGGAGAAGAGGAAAAGAUGUCUGGUAGAAAUGCGGAAGAGACGUUCGGAGGGGAUGAGGGGGGUAGGAUUGAAGGGGACGAGGAAGAGGAGAUACGGAAAGAAGGUGGUGGAGGGGAAGACAGGGGUCCAGGAAAAGAGGCAGAGCCAUAGGUGAGGCAAGAAGGGGACGAGGGGCCAUGUGAAGAAUCUCUGCAUGGAUCAGCAGAGGAUGAGGUGUGUAUGGCGAGGAAAGUGGAGGAAGUACAGUAGAGGUCGGGGUAGUUAGUUGAUGGUGUGCUUGAUAGUGCAUAUAUGGGAUGGGGGUGAGCUAAGGCAAGCAAUUUGAGCUACAUGGGACCAUCUCUCUGUAUUUUCUUGCACUCUUGUAAGCUCGUGGCUUCGAAAGCCCAUUCAUUUGUUGAAAGAUGGAAUUCUUCUCCCCUUCCUCCCGCCACAACCUCAUCAUCAUGGAAUCAGGACUGCUGAAUCAGCAGGGACCUUCAAGCUGGCAGGCAGGGAAUUCCAAGCCAAGCUUCACGCGUGCAAAUUCCUUCCUCCCACACAGUAUCGCUGUGUCGCGGCGGUGCUACACGUUGCCCUUGGAAGUAGGCUCCCUUCGCCUCGCCAUGGAGUGCUCUUUCGCAGCCAGUGCUACUGUACCGUAAAACGCGUCGCAGCACCCAGUUAUCCGCCAUGAAAGAGCUUGCAUGUCCACGUGGACGCGGCCUAGCAAUGCGGGUGUCAGUACACCCAGAUAUUCGAUCAUGUCACAGGUUUUGAAACGACAGGUGUGA